CAAAUGUGUUAGAUAUUCUAAUUCCGGACAAUCGGCAUUUUUUCCAAUUAUAUUAAGUUUUGAAUAACAAAUGGAAAAUUGAAUAUGUCUCAUGUCUUUACUAUAUUUAUAAACAAUAUUGUCAUAUCUUAAAAGUCAGUACUUCUUCAAUAAGUGAUUAGGCGUCAGUCUAACGCCUUUUAUUAAAUCCAAAAAAUGGCAAAAUCUCAAAUAAAUACAAAAUCAAGAGAUUAUUUGCGGGAUAAAGAAGUAUUUUUAAAAGAAUUGAAACAGUUUAACGAAAGCAAAAACAUACCAUAUAAAAUACCUGUUGUGAAUGGAGUGGACAUAGAUUUGUAUCUUUUAUAUUCAUUAGUUAUACAACGAGGUGGCUUGAGUAAAGUUAAUCAAAAUGAUACAUGGGAAUCAUUUCUACGACAGCUACGGUUGCCACAUCCUUGCGUGAAUGGAUCAACGUUGUUAAGAAGAAUAUAUGGCACAUAUUUGGAGAAGUAUGAACGAGCCAAGGGCCCUCCAGGACGGGAUGAUGACAAUGACCUCGAUGAGGAUCCUAGAAGAGGAAGAGGUGGUGGUAUGCCAAGAAUUUCGUUUGGCAGUGGCACAUAUAUUUCAGCAUCUGGUGAGCCAUUACGAACUGGCAACCGCGUGGCUGGUCCUUCGGAGCGGCUUACCUUAUCUCUACUAUCACCUAUGCCCAAUGAACAAGACUUUGCUGUCAAUGUUUGCACAGUAUUAGCAGCCGAUCAUUCCAACCGUUUACCUUUGAGCACAACACACCACAUAUUGGAUUUUUUGCUGGCCCAUGCGGGUGUUUAUAAUCAUUCAAGUCUCCGAGACACAAUCGGUCGAUCAUACUAUGAAGCCCGUGGACGCUAUCCUCACGAGUUUUGGCAGAUGAGAGCAGGCGGUGGCGGUGCUAAAGAGUUAGCCGAUGAGACCAAAUUCAUGCAGCCCGGAUUAGAGCAACCAGAACUGAUGGUUCAGGCACUUGCUGCUCACAAUACCUUGACAGACUGUUUAAUGCAGGAUGGAGAAGAGGAAGACAGCUUAGAGAAGAUUAUAGAGGAUGAUAUUCAUGAAGAUUGGGUUACGGAGCCAUCGGAAGAGGACCAACUCUUCGCUCCAGAACUCACCGGUGGAGCUGGUUGUGUGUAUACGCAGAGAGUACUACAGAUUGCGUCUAUUGUACGAUCACUUUCCUUUCACGAGGAAAAUGUUCAAUAUUUGGCAAGAAAUACAACUCUAAUUCGUUUCCUUUUACUUUGUGCUAACUGCUGGGUUGGUACUUUGAGGCAAAGUGGUCUGGAUACAUUAGGAAAUGUCUCAACAGAAUUGAUUAUAAAGGAUCCUGCCACUUGCCUCAUAUCUCGGCAUGUGCUGUCAACUAUACAGUCGGCGCUCGUGUCACAAGAUCGUGCGCGAGUGCUGGCGGCUCUAGAGCUGCUCAAUAAGUUAGCACAGAACGAGGCCAACGAGGAGGCUUUACUGAAAGCACUUGAAUCGAAGGUGUACAGCGACGUGUGCGCGCUGCUGUCCCUGCGCGACAUCAUGGUGCUGGUGUGCACGCUGGAGUGCGUGUACGCGCUCACGUCGCUGGGCGACCGCGCGUGCGAGGCCGUGGCGCGCGUGCCCGGCCUGGCGCACACGCUCGUCGCGCUCGUCACCGUCGAGGCGCAGAGCUACGGGCCGCGCGCGUGCAUCCUGAUGCGCGUGGUGGAGACGGUGAGCGGGCCGGGCGCGCUGGCGGCCGGCGACGCCGAGCGCGCGCACGUCGCGCCGCAGACCCCACAGAACCAGCCAGCGAAACCGUCGGAGCCCCUGCAGACGUCGGUCAGCCCGGCGCCCGCGCCUGCGCCUCCUGCCCCCACCCCCGCUCCCGUCCCCAUGUCGUCGCUGCAGCAGUCGCAUCUGCAGCAGAGGACUGUGCAGGAAAACGAGCACUUCGCGCAGGCGUGGCUGCGAGCGACGUACGAGCCGCUGCCGGGUAGCGACAACAGCGCAUGUGACGCCGCAGAGCUGUACCGACAGUACCUCGCGUGCUGCACCAAGCUUUCGCGCAAGGGAGUUAUCGCGCCCGCGCACUUCCCGCGUCUCGUCCGGACGGUUUUCGGAGGCACAGUCGGCCCAAACACCAUUAGCAAUGCGUCUGGGGAAACGCAACAUGUAUACAUCGGUAUACGAGCGAAAAAUUUGCCGAAUAGAACUAAUCCUCCUGUCGGACCUUCUUCGCCAAUCCUGAAAGCCCAGCUGACUAAUAAAACGGCUGUAGUUGAAACGAAACCACCAGCGGUGCAAACUCAGACCCCGGCUGCGCCCACACACCCGCAGCUGUCUCAGGCGCUGGAGGGCGCCAGCAACACGUCGCUCAUCAAGCACCUGCUGGCGCAUAAAGUAAGCCCGCCCGCGCACGCGCACGCGCAAGUUGCCCAAAGACAACAGAGUCAACAACGAGUGGUACCAGCAUCAACUGGGACUGUUGUUGUUCAACCUAAUCAGACAACAAAUAUGGAGGUUGAUCCUGAAGCUUUGAUUAAAUGUACAACAAUAAUACCGGGGGGUGUCGCCAAUAAUACUGGAGGUCAAGGCGAGAAGAUGGUCUUAAACGCCGGAGAAGAAGUUAUGGUGCAAAAAGAUGAACCAGUUCAAAUACAAAUCGAUGAUCAGUUGACCAUUAAGAGCGCGCAAAAUAAAAUGCUAGCUGAUCUUCUUGAGAAAAAAUCGAACCCACCCGUCCAAGUCGUCCAAAUGGGACAACAAAUGACUGCACCCACUAUACAAAUAACUGAAACAGGACAAAUCGUACAAGUUAAAGCCGAAAACAAUCCUCUAUUACAAAUUAAUUCGGAAAACACACAGCCGAGCGCUCCAUUCUUCCAAAUUAAAAACGAACAAGGUCAAUUGAUACAGAUUAAAAACGAUCAAGGGCAGAUAAUACAACUGAAAAGCGACCAAUUGCAAGGCAUGAUACAGUUUAAGAACGAUCAAGGGCAAAUUGUACAGAUAAAAAAUGACGGACAAAGUAUUGCACAGAUGUUACAGCCGAGUGUUAUUCAAGCUGUGAAAACGGAUAAAGAUCAAAUCGUCGAAACAGUGGUGACGGAUCAUUCGUAUACGGAACCGCCGACGAAGAAGCUGAAAGUCGAAGAAAAACCAGAGAACAAUUCUCCCCAAGAGAGUGUGUCUAAAACUGCCGCUAAUCUGUACGCGGCUUUAGCGGCUUCCGCGUUAGAGGAUGAAGAUGAUUUGCUCCCCCCAAAACAAGACACGUCGGAAGUAAUACAGUCGUCGGUACUGGUCGCGGGCUCGACUGACCAAUCUGUUAUUAUCCAAGAGCCGUUAUUACAAGUCCAACAACCAACGAUGCAAGUACAGCAACCAACGAUCCAAGUGCAGCAAUCGACGAUCCAAGUGCAGCAACCAAUGCAGGUCCAGCAGCCUACGUUGCAGAUGCAAGCAUCGACCAUACAGGUUCAGCAACCAACUUUGCAAGUUCAACAACCGAUGCUCCAAGUUCAACCAAUGGAUGUCCAAAAUAUCAUUGCUUCUCAAUCAGGACAAUUAAUAUUACAAGAAAAGCCUGUUACAUCUCAGACGACACAGUUCAUGCAACAGCCGAUGCAGAUUAUUGCAACACCAGGUACAUCACAAGCUGGUCUUAGUUAUAUAGCACAGAAUAUAUCCGGCAAUAUGAUGCAAAAGACAAUAAUAAUAGUACAAGGUCCCACUGGAGGCGGACCCCUCACACUUACGGUAAACAACCCAGCUGGUCUUGACGAGGCGACGCUAAACACCCUUAUUGCCCAAGCAACAGAGGCGAUAACGCAACAGCAAAUUAUUCAGAAUUCGGGCGUGAUACAGUCGACUCAAAGAGUGAUAGUGAGUCAGCCAGCUCUCGUGAGCACUUCACAGCCCAUAGCCGUUGUUAAGACCACAAUAACACAGAAUGCCCCACAAAUAACGCCGAGUCAGCAACCGAUAAUUACGACUCAACCGCAACCACACAAAGCUCAAAUCGUGAACCAAGCACAGACGCAGCAGAUUGUUGUCACGCAGAAGCAACCACCGGCACUUAUAAGCACAUCAUCUGGCAACCCGAUAGUGGGAACGAAUCAGAUAAUACAAGGAAACCAGCAACUGUUGCAAGGCAACCAACAGAUAAUAGCGGUAUCGAGCAACCAGCAGAUAAUAAUGAACACGCCGAUGAAGCAAGGUGUUGUACAGCACAGGGUUGUUCAGCAACCGCAGAGAAGUCAAAUAACGACGGUAGCUAUUUCUAACAAUCAGACGUCAACGACGAUGAGCGAAAGCAAAACUGUGCCUAUUCAAAGCGGAGCGAAAAGUCAGCAACCUAUAAUACGACAGGUUAUAACGCGGCAACCGAUCAUGAUGGGGAACACCAAGAUAGGCGAUAAAGAGGUGCUUGUCACGCAACCUGUAGCCGAGAAACAACCAGUCCCUAAGAAGACGGUUACUCCACCGCCGCAGCCUCUCCCGCCAGGAGCCGAAGACACUCCGUGGAUAUGCCACUGGAGGGGAUGCGGCAAGUCGUUCGGCGGCGCGGGCGCGGUGUUCGCGCACGCGGCGCGCGCGCACUGCCCGGCGGGCGCGGGCGGCGAGGCGCCGUGCCAGUGGCUCGACUGCGACCGCGUGCCGCGCCGCACCUUCGCGCUGCUCAACCACCUCACCGACAAGCACUGCACGCCGCAGGCGUUAAAAGCGAUAUACAACUCGCGUAGACAUACAAUUGCCGAAUCGGAGGCGAGCAAGCCGGUUUCACUCGGAUACCCCCCUAACGCAGCUCUGGCGGCACUUAACAAGCAUUCCACGGACAUGUUUAAUCCACGAGAACUCAUGGAUGAAAACGAAGGACCCGUGACAAAGAGCAUACGUCUUACAGCCGCUCUCAUUUUGAGAAAUAUCGUCAUCUACUCAAACACCGGUCGGAGACUCCUGCGUUCAUACGAAGCCCACUUGGCUUCGAUAGCUCUCAGCAACGUGGAAGCGUCUAGAACGAUCGCUCAAGUUCUCUACGACAUGAACAAUAUUUGAGAAUAGCUUGACGGGCUCAAGCCCGACCAUUAGUGAAAAGAACUUUUAUUUUUGUCUGAAUGUCUGAUCCGUGGGAUCGAAAUAUAAUGAAAAAAAAAUAAAAAAAAAAUCAAUUGCGAAUACACGUGAACUCUUUUAUACGUCAGAAACAUUUUACUUUUAAACGCAUUGCAUUCAAAUUCGAUCUUGGAAAGAGUAUCACUUAAAGGACAAUAUAAGAAUGAUAUAAAAUGAAUAUUUAAGUAGAGAUCCAUAUUCUUAAAUAAAUAUGUAAUUUUGUUUACCUCGCUGUUUUGCAGUCAUGGUUAAUGCAUUUAUCGUUGUUGUUUUUUCGUUACCACAUAGAGCGUAAACAUUUGAUGAGAUUUUUAUGAUUUUUAACUAUAAUAUGUUAAACAUUAAGGAUUUGUUUCAUGAAAGUGUCAAGAAGUCAAAUUCUAUAAUCAUAAAAAAUAUGUCUUAAAUAAAUCCAAUAUGGCUGAUGUAAAUUGUCAUAUUGGAUAAAAAGAGGAGGGUAAUUUACCGGACAAUUGUUGUUCAUUUUGUUUAGUUGCAUAGUAACAUGAUUUAAUUGAUUUUUUUAAAGAUAAAUUGUUGAUAAUUGAUUUGACGAAUAAUUGUUUGAAAUAAAUGUAUGAUUAGUUAAGACUGAAUUUAAACUUAAAGGAACAAACCAUAAAUGUCCUAUAGCUGGGCUGCAGUCUCCACUAAAGAAGAGCAAGACUUGCGUAAGAAAUAAUGUUAAAUUAGAUCUAUCUCGUUGUAGGCAAAGCCAUCUGAAAAUGAUUUUGAAGACGGUUUAGAUAAUAAUUAUCUCAAUAUUUUAUAAUAUUGUCUAUAAAUAAAGUAUCAAGAGAAAAUCAUUGAUUAAAUAUUUUUACACGUACCAUAGACAAACGUUUGUAAUUUCAAUAUAUAUGUAUCACUAAUUGUAAACAUUUAAUUGAAAAUAUACAUGAAAACUUAAAUAUAUAUAUUUAAUGAUUGGAUAUAUUAAAACAUAUAAAGGCACCCAUCAUGAAGGAUUCUCGGUGUAUUACGGUGUUCUCGUUUGAAGGAUGAGUGAGCCACUUAACAUCUGGUGGUGCCAUACAUAAGAAAAUACAGUAAAUUGCAAGUUUUUUUAAACUGAAUAUGUGCUAUUUAAUUCUACAUAAUUGCUAAGUAUUAUAUUCAAUUACGAUUUAGAUACCUUGUGAAGAUUUCAGAAUUAUAAUGAAAUGUCGAGACAAAAAAAACGAUAUUUUAAAUCCCAAUAAAUGGUUAUUUACUUAAUUAUUUAUGUGAUUAAAUUGUGAAGUUAAAUGUAAGUAAUGAUAAUUAAAUGUAGGAUCGUAAUAGAAAUAGAGUAAGUUAAAAUUAAGGAAUAAA